UUUUGUUUUGGCUGAAUCAGACGCACGGAAGGUUUGAUUAUUGAAAUAUCUGGAUUUGGUAAAUAUCUCUUCCCAUUCUAAUCCUGUACUGUUAUGGCCACCUAUGGUAUGGCAAAUGAGAGACUACGUGCUUUGGAGGAAAUCGAGCGUGAAAUAGCAGCCAUAUUAUUGAAUGCAGGAAAUGUAAUUUUAGAGCUUUCAAAAGAGAAGCCAAAUGAACGUGUGUUGGACAAACAGGCAACUCAGUUCACAGCUUCUGUGCAGAGAGUAGAGUCUGAACUCUCAGGGCAGAUCCGCUAUCUCACCCAGGUGGCCACUGGACAGCCACAUGAAGGCUCAAGUUACAGUGCUCGAAAAGAUGGCACGAUGGCUCUAAACAGAAUUGACUAUGCUCGGGUCAAGUUAGCAGAACUGAGUAGGACAUGUGACCAGAUGUUGGAACAGCCUUGAUAUGUGAAAUGGAAGAGCUUUGUAUGAUCCAUGUUCUCAUCAAAAGAAAGUUAGUGUGGCAAGAGUGUAAUCAGUAAAAUAAUUUCGUUCUGCACAUUAAUGAUAUAGCUGCUGGUCAGCAUCCCUGGAGGAGAAACGUGUAGGAACUCUUAAAGAAGGAAAUACACAUUAAACAUCAGUUUAUAUGACUUUCUGUGUCAUGUUUUUCUGUCUCAAGUCAGCUCAUUUAAAAUUGUAAUUUGCAAGCCUCUUUUGGAUGUUUAUAAAUUAGCAGUGGUCUGAAUUUUCUUGUUAAUCUUAUGCUUAUCUUUGCUUGAAAUGAAAACAACUGUUGCACAAUUUAUUAGUGGCAAGAAAAAGUGCUCGCCAUGUGACCAUUGAAUUUAGUGUGAAAAGAGACAAGGAAAUUGCUAUUUUUCAAGAUCUAUCAGUUAAUAGAGCUUCUCCAUCAGAAACCUGCAUUGAAAAGAUUUUUAAAUAUAUAAUUUUGUAAUUUCACAUGGGGCUAGCCAUAUUCUUCAUUUCCCAGGUGUCCCCAGUCAUGUAACUUGUGCUCUGAUAAACUUCAAUCAUUCUUUACUGCUGCGCUGCAAGUUUGUUUGUCGAAAAAUCACAUGAUUUUAAGAAUUCGGAUUUGGUUCGUCCAGGACCAUGGAUUCGGCUGAAUCUGAAUCCUGCUGAAAAAGGCUGAAUAUCAAACUGAAUCCUGGAUUUGGUGCAUCCCUAAAAAUUUUAAAUGGUAGAGUGAAUUAUGUGCUAUGUAAACAAGUGUAAAAGUGUAAAAGUCCAAGUGUACACUAAAAUUACUUUGUUUAAUUGCUUAAAGUGAUACUGACAUGAAAAAACUACUUUUCAAAAUAUGAAUGUACAUAUAAAGUUCCCUAUAGGUCAUAUUGAUCAUUUUUGGCUGAUAGGGCUGCUUUUGUAUGUAACUGAUACUUGGAGUUCCUGUUUUGCCAAUCUGACAGUCCCUUCUCAGCCUGUCAGUUAUAGCUUCUAAUGCUAACGGACUCCUGCAGUUUAAAUAUGGCAGCCCCCUCAUAGAGGAACAUGGGGGAUCAGAUAAGAAAUGUAAAAGAAUUGGGCAACUACACUUAAGGCAAAAUUAUAAAGCUCAUGCAAAGACAAUGUUAUGUUAUAUUUAAAAACAGUUUAAUUUCUGGUGUCAGAAUCUCUUUAAUGUGGUGGGAUACAUGUGUUUUUGUAGUUGUAUAACUUAAAGGGCAAUGACACACAAGUAGAUUUGGCACCUGCGGUAAUAAAGGGGCUACCAUGGGUGACAAAUGUCACGAGAAUGCCACCCCUUUGCAAAUAUUUGAAUCAUUUCUAGUAUAUUACAUUACUUGUAGUAGUUUGGCUUAAUCUUUGGAAAUGUUAAAGAAGACAUUUCCCCGUGAUUAAGCCGAAUUGCCACGAAUAAUGUAAUUUAUUUGUGGCAGGUUAAAUGUUAGCAAAGGGGAUCGUUUAUUCAGGAGAUAUGUAGCCCGAGAAAGCACAUUUUUACUGCAAGCGACAAAUUUCCUUGAGUGUCAUUGCCGUAAUUCAUACUACUGCUAUAUCUGUAUGACUUUUUCACCAGCAUGCUUUGGUUGGCCAUUCUUCAAAUGAUGAGAAACAAUGCCUGCUUUUUUUUUUUUUUUUUUUUUUUUUAGGGUGUGUCACACAAUGGUAUUUUUUGAAGUGACUCUGCUGCUACACUAUAAAAAAUGCAAUAAGGGUGUGGCCCAGGAGCCACUGGAGGUGUAAAAUAGUCUAAAUCCUGCCAAAAAAAUGAAAAAAAAUCAGUCCUUCAGAAACAAUUAUUUAUUCAGCUCCAAUAGGAAAAUUGAAAAAUACAAAUUUAUAGUAAACCUUUAAACAAUCACCAUUUCAAAAUAUAGUUUAGUGGUGUAAUUUGUAUUUGUGUAGUUCUCCGGUGAGCCUUAUGAUUUCAUGUUGUCCCUUUAUUUAUGAAGUAGUAAUUGUGUAAGUGAGUGCAUUGGAUGUUCUAAAUAAAUGCUUUUCUUUAUAUAAAAAAAAAA